UUGUGAAAGGAGGUGAGCUGACUCUUCCGCUGGCGCGUCUUCCACCGCAGCCUGGCUCUAUACUUCUCCCUCAUCAGACCUCAAAUUCAUACUCAAAAGGACUCGGAUUAUGGGAAAUCUCAUCUGCUCCAGAGGAAAAAAAGAACAAUCUAAUGAAGGCGAACAGGCGUCACCUAAAGAGGAUGUUCUCUAUGCCACCAUUGACCAUGGGGAAAAGCAGGCACCAAGGAUGUUAAGAGAUUCUGUCAGUGACUGUGACUAUGCCAUAGUACAAAUGCCCAGUAACACACCUUGCAAAUCUGAGAGCAACGAUGACGGGGCUGAUGACUAUGUGCUCAUGAGCUGAGGUUAAAGACUCUGAAGCUUUAACUUAUGUGAAUAUUAGUUUUUUUUUAAGGACUGCUACUUAAAUGUAAACAUGCACAAAAACACAUUUGUUUUUAUACCUUGUCAUGAUGUGGGGUCAGGCACGUGUCCUCUAUGUAUUAUACACUGUAUAUUUAAUUACCUAUAUAUAAUAAGAAUGUCCUAAUCCUAACCUUAACCUCAGUAUAAGAAAAAAAUUGCAAAGAACUUGUUUGCUCAUUUAAUUAAUAAUAAAUAAAGCAUGUAACUGUACAUAAACUAAUUACACAAACAAAUACACCUG